AUGGUCAACACGGGGCAUCCGAGCAGAGCGUGCAAGCUGUGCCGUGCGAGGAGGAUCAAGUGUGACGAGACCAAGCCGUUCUGUCUAAAGUGCGCCAAGUCGAAAAGAGUCUGCCCAGGGUACCGGGACGCUUUUGAGAUCAAUUUGCGGGAUGAGACGCAGUCAACCAUCCGCAAGGCCAAGUCGGCCGCUCUGCGCAAGGCCAUUAGGGAAGGGCGCGCGGCGGAGCAGGAUGAAGAAGGCGAAGGCCAAACUCAGGCCAAGGUGAUGGAAUGGACUCCGCCGGCGGCACCACCUCCUCGACAGCAACGGGUCAACAUCAUACCCGUGACGAGUGAUGACGAUUGGUUGGACAGAUACUCGAACUCGUCGUCGUCGGAAGUUUCGCCGUCAAUGUCUUAUGCCUCGUCGCUGUCGUACAUCAGCAACCAAGCGCCCGACACGUUCGUGUCAUUCAAAGACAUCGAGGGGGGCACAUAUGGGAUGCCGCACACGUUGCAGACGCCACUCGACCAGCAAGCCACUUGUUACUUUCUCGCCAACUAUGUCCUUGCCCCGCCGACAGGCGUCGGACGGGGAAUCCUUACCUUCGUCCUCCCGCUGUUGAACAUGCCGAGCUACCAAACCUCACCGCUGCAGUCGGCCUUUUCUGCCGUGUCGAUGGCCGCGCUGGCGGGUAGGCCGCACUCGCGGCGGCUGUCCUCGAUGGCCAACUUACACUAUAGCAAAGCUCUCGAAGAUCUGACGCGAGCCAUGCAGGACAGGAUCGCCGUCCGACAGGAUACGACACUUGCUUCGGCGAUUCUCCUGGCCUUUUAUGAAGGGCUGGUGUCGGACGACGUCGAGAUGUCCGGCUUCAAGAAGCACAUCUCCGGAGCGACGGCCAUUGUGAAGCUGCGAGGGCCCCAGCAAACACAAUCCGGAGUGGGGUUGAGCAUGUUCGAAUUCGUGAGAGCAACAUCGAUUCGGCAAUACACAUUCAUCUCCAACAUUUCAACCGAAGACUUGACCUGGUGGGCACGGCAGGCGGUUUGCGACACCGUCGGCCAUCAGGCUCUGGUGCUGAACCUCCAGACGACGCUUAUCCGGGCAGAGGCCGACAGUCUGCUCAAGGGGGCGCGGACGACUGACAAGAUCGACAAGGCCCUGACGCUGUUGCAGAGGGCUCGAAGCAUGGACGACGAGCUCGGCGAGUGGUUCAACCGAUGCCCGCCGGCCUGGAGAAAGGUCGUCUCGGGAUCCGCUGCCGAAGUGCCGGACGACAAGCUUACUCUCGUAUCGGCGUUUCCGGGACCAAUCUAUGACUAUCCGAACGUGUGGGCGGCGGGGAAGCACAUCAACACUCAUGUGUCGCGUCUGCUGCUCAAUCAGGUGGUUGUCCGUUGCAUCGCUUGGGUCUGCGCGCCGAGCGACCACACCCUCACCAAGGAGUACAUCGACGCCAAUGCGAUCGGCACGGAGCAGGUGGCAGACAUCAUAUCAAGCACGCCCUACUUCUUCGGUUGGACUGGGGACGCACUCAGCACGCCCUACUUCCCUUGCGGGACAUCCGAGAUGCCCAAAGGGCUGGCUGGUGUGUCCUGUAUGUGGCCUCUGCUUGCCACUGGGUCCAGUCGGUUCGCAACCAAGAAGCAGCGAAUCUACAUCAAAGCCCGGCUGGCAAGAAUUGCCGAAGAAAUGGGCAUUCGCCAAGCUGAUGUCUUUUCAAAACAAAUCAUGUUGCAAUCGGCGGAACCAGACCCAGCAAACAGUUACUGUCCAGACACUUAUUUCCAUCUACGUAAAUAG